UUACCCCUAGUGGAGAACCAGCAAAAUAGCAAUUUAAUUCACUGCUGGACGAUCAUGGCGGCUGUCAUUAGAUUUGUACACAGAAGCACAUUUAGUUGUAGAAUGGGUCAUCAGUGUUUGUCCUCAAGUUGUUCAGCAGCAGUGCCGAAAUCAGUUCAGGUGGGUUCAUCUGCGUGGAAAGCUCUUCCAGAGAGAGUAAAAAUAGUCGAAGUGGGACCUAGGGAUGGCCUGCAAAAUGAGAAGACAGUUGUCCCUACAGAAGUAAAAAUUCACUUGAUUGACAUGCUCUCAGAGGCAGGUCUUCCUGUCAUCGAAGCCACAAGCUUUGUCUCUCCAAAAUGGGUUCCUCAGAUGGCCGACCAGGUGGAGGUGAUGAAGGGGAUCCGUAGAAGGCCUGGCGUGGCCUACCCAGUGCUAACCCCUAACCUCAAGGGUUUCCAGGAAGCUGUGAAAGCAGGAGCAGCAGAGGUGGCCAUAUUUGGGGCAGCCUCUGAGCUGUUCAGUAAGAAGAAUAUCAACUGCUCAGUAGAGGAAAGCCUGCAGCGCUUUGAGGAGGUCACCAAAGCAGCCAAAGAGGCCGGCGUGCCAGUCAGAGGGUAUGUUUCAUGUGUGUUGGGAUGUCCAUACGAGGGUAAGGUGUCACCAGAUAAAGUGGCUCAGGUAGCCAAGCGUCUUUACUCCAUGGGUUGCUAUGAGAUCUCUCUGGGCGACACCACAGGCGUGGGCACACCGGGUGGCAUGACUGAGAUGCUGGAGGUGGUGAGUAGGGAGGUGCCUGUUACCGCCCUGGCGGUCCACUGCCACGACACGUACGGUCAGGCGCUGGCCAACAUCCUGAUCGCCCUGCAGAUGGGUGUGAGUGUGGUAGACUCGUCUGUUGCUGGCCUGGGCGGUUGUCCAUACGCACAGGGGGCUUCUGGGAAUGUGGCCACCGAGGACGUGGUGUACAUGUUGCAUGGACUGGGCAUUCAGACGGGAGUGGAUCUGACCAAGGUGAUGGAUGCUGGAGCUUUCAUCUGUCGUUCCCUUAACCGAAAGACCAGCUCCAAAGUGGCUCAGGCCUCCUGCAAGCUCUGAAACCUGGCUCGACAAAGCUUGUAAAUGUGAUGCCUACGUACAAGGACACACACCUAAAACCUGUGCCACCUAGGAACAUGCUUUGAUUUAGCUGGUGGUGAGCAUGGGUGUAAGAAGUGUGUGUUCUGUUGUUUAUGUCAAGCACCUCUUUUGGAAAUGAAGAAAUCUAAAUUCUUGGAAUGCCUGUGCUCUACUCAAGGGUGCCUUAUCGUUUUUUACCAUUUCUUCUUAGGUUUUCAUUUCAUGUGUGUUAUGUUGUUGCGUAUUUAUCUCCUACCAAACCGUUUUUCCAUUGUUUGGGUGUACCCCCAACCUUUCCUUAUUUCUCAAUCCUAAUACUCAGCCAGUCAUAGCUAAGGCAUGUGUAAUGAGUUGGGAUCUAAAACACACUUUGAUGUUUCCUAAUAAUAGAAAAUUCGAUAAUGAUCGACAGGUAUAGUCUGGUUUGGUAGUGUCACCGCAUUGACUAAUUUUAUUGUCAUGUUUGUCAUUUCCUUCUAAAAUGUUUCUGCUGAACUUACUUCAGCCAUUACUUCAGUUGAAAUGGCAUUUUAAGGUUUUUCUGUGUGUUGGAUUAUUUGUAUUUGUGUCAUUGUGAAUUCAAAUAUUUAUUGUAAAGGAUACAACUUGUGAAUUGAUACUGUGAGGAAUGUUUGCCUCAAAUCUAAGGAUACCUAAUUGCUUUUGCUGUGUAUUUGGACAUUCUGAAUUUGUGUGUUAAAUCAGAUGGCUAAGGUAACAGUGCUUUUACACAGCCAGGGUCUGCUACAAGUGGCACACAACACUGCCCUGCCCAUUUGGACAAAGACACAGAUCGCCUACGGAUCCUCUCAUUAUCACACUAAACUAGUUGAGGAAUCUGUAGACCUUUAAAUGUGUGACUCCUGUGCGAGUAUUCUAUAGCCUAACCUUUCUAUGGUGUGAGGCCAUGGUUGAGAGAUCAGGAUUUUGGACUGUUAUUGCCAGUUUAGUAAUACUGAACCAACAAGGACUGUUUGCCUAUCCUGAUGUGGGCAAUAAAGAAACCUGCCUGACAAGCUGGACCAGCUAUGCUGAGAUUCCUUUAACUUGCUCUGUCACAGGGGUUACAGGCAACUAGAUUCAGCCGAUGGCAGAUUUUUGUAGAGUAGAUGUUUGGGGAACAUCAUUCUUUUUUUUACACUGAAAAUGAACCAUAAAUAAGCCAUAGAAUGGCAUUGUAUUUAAAAUGAACAAUAAACAAAUACCUUUAUAACACUA